AUGACCAAGGAGGAAUGGGCCAAGCGCCAGCCUUUCGCCCUGCGCGAGAUAGUCGGCCAGAUGGGCGAACUCCAGCCAGUACAGCAAGAACUCGACCUCGCCCAAGGGAGCGAUGGGAUCAUCAUCGGCGCUGUCCUCCAAGCCGAAGUUGCUGUAGAAGCUGGAGUAGUUGAGCAUGUUCUUCGCCUUACUCCCAGCAAGCUUGGCGACCGUAGGCCAUGCGGCCUUAAAACUCCCUUCAGCCUCAGGGGCGACCAAAGCGGCGUUUACUUACACGCCAAGAGGGGAGAGGCUGAAUAG